AUGUUUUGCGGUCAUGCCUUUGUCAAGACACAUAACAGUUCCCAUUUUUGCAGCGUAGUCGACCAGCUGCUGACGUCCCAAGCAGAUGGGCUACAGUACACUGCCGCGUACUAUGUGCACGAUAUCGUUGUGAUGCUGGAGCAUGUAGACGAAGAAGCACUGCAGCUUCAACAACACGAUGCAGCAGACGUCUUAAAUGAGGCGAGGCACGAACGACGAAGCGACCCGUUUACUUGGGCCCUAGGGCCCAUAUACGCCGGGCGUGGCUCUAGCCGCCACUUUCUGCUAACUAUGGCAAUCGACAAGGAGAUCGCAGCUGUAGCGGAAGAUGACGCAGCACUUGUUGAGGAUCCUCCAGCCAUCAUUGACCAUAGAACACGGGACGCGCUGUUAGACCACUUUGAGGAUCCGCACAUGCGCAGCAUCCCUCUGUGUGAAACCACAUGUACUCAUGACGAUGAUCCCUGCAACUACUAUGUCGUUGGUAUUUCUUGUCGAUAUGACAAGAUUAGAAGAACUGAUCGAGGGAAGUUCAUGGAACAAGAACCCGUCCCACCGCUUCCUCGCAAUGCCAUACCUGACAAGUCCAAGCCAGUAACCGUGUGCCAUCAGCAUUACCAGCUGUUUCUGGAAUUUUACAAUGUUGCUCCGGCUAUUCAGAAGUUUGCGACCGUCACUUUACAAGGGCAACUUUAUCGAUGUAAAGAAGCAAAAUCCAACCGAGGAUUGGUGAAUGCAGUUGAAGUGUAUGGCAGGAAAAAGAUGGUUGACAUCCAUCGAGAACCAUUCGGUUCCCUGAAAAACACGUCCAUGCGGGCUUCAUUGCCCCCAUCAAGAUCCAUACCCGGACAUCUAGCCAACGAUGCUCACAAACGCCGAUGGAGAAAAGUUGGUGAUCGGAACGCAGUCCAUGAAUACACUGGUGACAUCUUCCUUCCGUCUAGACCAGAGAUGCCUGCCUUCACUUGGCGCGAAAUCGGUGGUUUAAAACUGGGAAAGCUGGACUCGCAAGCAAGCCGAAUCUAUGUGGAUCAAGAGUGCCCAUCUCCGGCAAGUGUUGUACUUUGUUUUGUACAUACCUUGGGACGCCCUGCUGGACCUGUACCGCACACGUUUGUUCUUAUUCGCUGGUUCGCUGCGCAUCCGACCCAGACCCGACCUUAUCUAAGGGCCGGCUUGAAAUUUGGAACGACACAUCCGUUCUUUGCAUAG